CGGAGUUUUCGGUGCCGUCGCCAGUGGCAGAGCCAGUUUCUCGUAGCAUCGUGAAGCCGGCAGCGUCGAGGCGCCCCUUCAGUAUGAAGCCGACGACCGUGCCAGCUGCAGCUGCUGCACCUGUCGUCCCGUAUACCGCGACGACUACGCUCCCCGUACGCUCCGAUGAUCCGCUCGCCUCAGGACGCUCCUGAUCGUCGAUCUUUGCACGCCCGGUUCACUCAACAUCGAUACUACAUGGAUACCUCGGCACGAGCUCCGAUUUCGUUCGCCGGGAAAGACUCAGCUGAGUGAGGAGACACGCGUGUCGCGUCGUGCCACCGGAUAAGAAUCGGGAUAGUUCAGUGGGAUAAUAACAAUCGGAGAACUAGCAGGAUCCUCGGACUAGCGAUCCUGAAGACGCCGCGUCGCGACUGAGACUCCUCGUGUUCUCGUCUCACUUCUCGUCCUUCUCUCGGGCCAGCUCUUCUUCAACGUGACCGGUGAUCGGCUUGUGUUCCAGUGUUUCUUUGCUCUUCUCACUCUCCUCGUCGUUACUCGCUCUCGCGUCUUGUUGAAAGAAAGACCCCGUGAUACGUUACGCGGUGAGGAGACGCGUGCGGGACUCCGUCUAAUAAAAGUGAAAACUGGUUCCUUCGGUGUCGACGAGAACCACUCCGCGGAAGAACUACGUUUGGAUAUUUCCGGACUGUUAUCAGGUUUGAUUUCGACUGGACCUCGAACGAGCGUAUCGAACGGGCACGAGAAACGACAGCGGCGUGCAUCGGUGGCGAGAGCCCGUGAUGCCACCGCCGCCGUGUGUUUGGAAUCGUUAGCGGCGGGCCUCGAAAAAUGGCCUCGAUCUUGGGAGACGGGACGGGCCCCGGGGGCUCGGGACCAUCCCGAUGCCUCUUACUUCUUCAAAGGUCCCUGGCUAUCCAGCUGACCAGGGGUCCGCCUCCUCAGGUUCUGAACGCUAGCCAACGGGAGAGUCCCAAGGAGCAUCCGGCCGACGAGAUGUGGAUGUACGAUAAAGGUUACAAUUUGUUUCAGAGCUUCUUGGAAGCCAAUUCGAAGUGUUGGUGGAACGCAGCCCUGGUGGACGCAACCCGACAACUCAGGUACAAGGGUCACGUUUCACCUGGGGUGCUGAUGGUCGGCGGACCACCCUGUGCCCUCGAGGUCUUGAGGGCAGCCUGGGCUCGGAACGUCCUACGACCGCCAGCCGAUCAUGCGAUCACUUGUCUCGGCGAUAUCGAGGAUUGCCUGGUCGCCCCGGUGGCUCAAGGACAGUUCACGCCGCUACCGGAAGCUCUUUGUUGGGCCAUUUUAGAGUUGACUUCUCAGAGGCAGGCGGCUACAUUAGAUACGCUCAGAUCGGCACUUAGAAACGCGUUCCCGGCUAUGCAGAAACCAAACCGCGAUUUAGUUUACGAUGCCCUGGCGAAAUUGAUGCAGGAACGUAAGAUCUAUCACACGUCCCAGGGCUACUUCGUGGUCACGCCCGAGACUAGGAGGCUCAGGCGCGAUUCGAGCAACUCCAGGAGAUGCUCCAGAGAGGUGAGCGGGUCCAGGGGUCAAGGAAGCAUGCUCAUGUCGAAUGACGAGGCCAUGGCGCUCGUACACGGCGAAAUGCUGACUCUGAGGGACGGCGACGUGACGCAUCAAGCCGUGCAAACAAAUCUGGCGGACGUCAUUUGCGGAGGCAAUCCAAACGACAAAGUUCUGUUCGCGAGAUGUCGAUCGAUGCCCAGUCGCCUUGAGAGGCGACACUCGCUACGGCUUUGGGGAUCCGCCCGACGCUUGCACAGAAGUGGAAGCUCGCGGUCUUUGCCGCGGAGGCCGGAAAGAAGCGAUACGUCGUCGAGCGCCGAAUACGCGAGCACCGACAGCGCGCCCCAUAGCCCAACCAGUUUUUCCGGGAUUUUUUCAGAGAAAAUAGGUCUGCUGUCGAGGCUAUUCCGACGCAGCACACGAAGAAAGGGCGCACCGUUAAUGGGCACGUUCAGCGCCCAGUAUCCGCCGACCGAGUGGUUCAACCCGCGUGUCGUUCACCUGCACAGCGUGGCGACGCAGACAAGAGCGGCCAGCCCCUCGAUGAUGGAGGGCCUAGAUCAAUCGCAGGCCAGUUUCCAAGUAUGGGACGAUUCUAGUUCCGUACGGUCGGCCACGCUGCCCAGGCGACAUCGGCGACAAGCGAGCGGCGAUUCAUCGAGUCUGUUGGCCAACUCGACGCCGAGGAGUUCCCGACGACAUCGAUCACCCUGCUCGACGUUGCCCAGAUCCAAGUGUUCCAGUCUGAGCAGAUGCACGUCGAGGGCUUCUGUCCUGCCGCCGAGUGGCAACCAGGAACCGUAUCAGAGCCGCAAUCAAACGCAGAACGGCAAGAACUCGACGAACUCGUCGCCGAGCAGAAGCGGCGGAAGCUCCGGAUCUAUGCGAACGACGAACGCGAGCCCGGCCAAGACGGCCACGUUAGGCAGAUCCAGCACGAGACAAUCGAACUCGAGACGAACGAGUCACGAUUCUACUGGCAGUGGUACGAAAUCGAACGGAUCGCCCCAGCACAAGAGUACUUUGCUAUUGCAGGUAUUGCAGAAGACUUCGUCCGGACACUCGACCCACUCCAGUGGAAAAUCGAUCUCGAGCGGUAAACUCUCGUCGUCCCCGCUGAAGACGUCGACUCUACCAGCGAAAUCGUCACCGUUGAAGGUGGUUCAACAAGGAUCCCUGACUCCACUGCAGGAAGCGCAAAAUUCGAUAACCCUGCAAGUAUCGACCAAUCUGACGCCAGUUAGCCCGUCGCAGGAGCAACGAGCCAUUCAGAACAGCGUGACACUGGCCUCGAAUGCGAGCAGCACGACCACCAUUUCCGGUUCACCCGGCACGAAGAUCUACGUGCAGCAGAACAACUCUCCCAUGAGAUCGGUGAUCACGUUCGAAAACGGUACGGUUAAGACCAAGGUGGCCGACAAGGAUCCGAUGGACUGCAAGGAGAAGCAAGACCGGGAGUUGAUCGGCGAGAAACUGUACAAGAGCAAGAUGGACGAGGAGAAGCUGUUCAAGUCGAAGCUCGAUGAGGAGAAACUGAACAAAUCCAGCAAAAUCGAACGUCCGUCCUCGCUCUACGCUUCCAAAGAAUCAAAACCGCUGUCGGAGUCCGACAAAGAGAACAAACCGAAACCCGAAGAGGAGCUGUCUAACAAAUUGAAGUUGACGAAUCGGCUGAACAACAGCCAGGCGCAUCUGAUAGAUGGAUCGACGAACAACAUAGACAAGAACUCGUUGGUGAACGAGCAUCCGCCGUCCACGCUGUCGAGCAUGAAGAAUACGAAUGACGCGAUGAACAAUUCGCGAAAAUUGAGCUUAUCGUUGUCGAAAGACGCUCUCAGUUACAGGAACCUCCUCCGUCCGGGCUCGAAGAAUAACAUCGCGUCGAACCCACCCUCGCCCACGAAAUCGUUCGACGGUUUCGGCGGUUCGUUCAACAACGUCUACAUAGAGAAUCUGGAGGCUACCAAACAGCAAAGGGCACCGCAAGGCUCGGAACCGAAUCUCGAGAAAACGGUCAGCCGGGGGGACCUUUAUUCGUACCCGAGCCUCAGCGAUAUGCAGGUGCAGUUCACUAGCCUGGCCGCUCAAAAAAUUCUAAAAGGCUGUCCGAUUAACAGCGUGGACACGUUGGUGGAAGUAAAUAUGGCGGCUGCGGAGAAGCCGAACAACUGCGACGUUACCGUUCACACCGACUUUGGACUCGUUUAAAGUUUCGUCCCGGCCGGAAAGCUGUGACUUCUGCGCGUAUUCUCACAGUGAAAGGUUGAACUUUAGCACGAUAAACUUCUCGGUAAUCUCGUAUGCUUGCGCCGCGGUAGAAACGUCGAAAUAGCAAACGAAAGAACGCUGUACUGCUUAAGCAUAUAGAGAGCAUUGUAACAGUUACCAAUAAAUAAACGUUUCUUAUGUUCAAUCGAAUACAUUGUUGGACGUGUACAUGUCACAAUGAUUUUCGCUGCGCCCAACACUUUUAACACAUGCAUCAUUCACGUUACGAGCACUGAUGAUAAUCGUCCCGGUGAAUCCGUGGUACCAUUGCGCUCAUCAUCUAGCAUGAUCAUCUAUAUGCUUAUGCGGCCGAACGUUCGGUAACAUUGUAUAAAAUAAUGUCAGCCAUUCGACAGAGAGUAUUCUUUAACGCAUUGCUAAUUGUUUAGAGCCCAGCCGCUCAGCAAUUCGAUUACACACAUAAUGUUGAAGCAUCAGCUUUAUUCCCGUGAAGUUUAAGUUACAAGAAUCAUCUGAAUGCCCCGUUGCAUUGUUUAUGAAAAAUUUAUACUAUUCUCAAUGAAGAUUAUUUGAAAUCGCUAUCUAAUAUUUUUUGCACGUUGGUAAAUCUAUCGUAGAACAAUGCAUCGCAUGCGUCAGAUUUCAUCGUGCCUCAAUUUGUCUCCUUUCUUGUACUAAUUUAAUAUUGUGCACAAAAUAAACUAUAAACGGGUACCACAGCGUCGUAACGUUAGCAGUUUUGCAUCGCUUUACCGAGCUAAAGCGAUUUGCUAAAGCAAUACUUCACGUACGAUAGCCUGACAAUUUGCCUUACUCAAACGAGAGAGAAUAAAAAAAAGAGAGAGAUAAUAUUUUAUGCGAAUUCCAAAUAACUGCCUAUUUAGCGAUCAACCUAAGGAAAUGUCUUCGUGGGAGAUGUAUAAAAAAGCAGUAAUUUAAUGAGCUACAUUCGUUAAUACCCAAUUACGUACUCGCCACUCUGUACGAGAGUCUAUAAACGCUAGACGAUAUUCUGUUUCGGUCGAUAUGCCAAAGUAGCGAGGAAAAGCGUAGUGUGGUCAAUUUUCUGUAGAGUUUAGACGUUAGUUAUUGACUUCACGAACGCAAGGAAUAUAUCGCAACUACAUACGUACGAUUAAAUGUGUAUUACGAUUACCGUAUACGUAAUAGACUCUCAUCGAAACGGGUAAAAUUCUAAAUUCUCGGGGACAGCCGUCUCCGUGUAUAAAUUUUAUAACGAGAUUCGCACGAAUUUACAUAAGCGCGAAGUCGAAACGCGAAAAAUCGAUCACAUGCAAUGACGAGCGCGUGUAACAAAAUGAAAAAGAAGCAAAUAAAUAAGUUUCCCUAUUCAGGAAAUAAAAGCGGUACCAUUUUCUGAUCAGUGCAAUGGUAAAUCUAAGUGCCAAAAUCGAUAAUAGUACUUAAAUCGCCUUAAACCGUCUGCAACGCGAACUCGCCAUCGAAAUCGCGAUGCGAACGAGUUCUCUCAAACGUUCGAAUUACAAUAAAACAUUAAUCUUAUACGUCAGACACAUAGUUGUAAGAUGGUAGAUAACUGGGCGCCGAAAUGAAUGGUGCCUGCUUUGUACAUUUCGUACGUUGUAUUAACGAUUAACCGAUAGUAAUUUCGAUACACAACUCUACGUCUUCCAGUUUUUACGAAAAUGGAAGGACAGUGAGCCUUUUACGCCCUUAUUUCUUAUCAAAACUAACUUGUAGAGUACUUGUGUAAUCUUAAUCUUUAUCAUAAUUAUAACAACGACAGCGUAUGAUAAUAAAGAAAAUAAAAAUAUAUAUAUCCUCUU